CCGAGGAAGGGUCUCAGUGGGAGACCGCAUGCUCCUGGGCCCUCUCCGGGAAUCCGGUGCCUUCGAGAUGGUGGUCGUCAGGAGUCUGCAUCUCCAUAAGGUGCCAGUGCGGUCGGUGGGGGCGGGUCAAUGCGUCACUUUGACGUUCGCGCCUGAGGCGGAGGAAGCGAUCUGCCUCGAGGGGCUACUGUGCCCAGAGAGCCCAAAUGAAGGCCCCCCUUGCUCUCCCUUGCAAGGUGGUCAAGGAGUGCAAAUUUGCGAGAAUGCGAAGAUUAAUCAUGGAAGAGAUGUGGCAGAGGGGAGCGUCGACGAGAGGCUGUUUACGUCAGGUGUACCGCGGGCGCUUACUACCAAAACCUACAAAGGCAUCGUGCUUGUCUCCCCUGCCGCCUGCCCCGUAGCCGCCUUAGAGUUCGAGGCAGAGAUUGUAGUGCUAAGCGACACCCAUGGGCCGCUAUCCUGUAAUCUUGAACCCUCCCUUCACAUCCAUAAGACACGCCAAACAGCCAAGCUUCUGAGCAUUGACCAAGGGCGACGUUCAUCGGCGGGUAAAGGAGAGACAGUGCACUGUCGUUUUCGGUUCUUGUUCCAUGCUGAGUAUGUUCGUGUGGGGAUGAUGAUAGUGGUGAGGAUUGGACGUACAGUAGCGGUAGGCUGGGUGGUGCAGCGUUGCUAAUGUGGACAAGCAGACUUUUGCUCGAAAAAGGGGGCAGGAGGUUAAACUUCUGGGUAUGUACAGCUUUGGCGAUGUGAACUAAAGAGUCGAGAAAUGAAGACUUUUAACUUUAUCAUGACGAGGACCUAGAAAAAGAAAAGUGUAGAAAGCAAGUAUAAAAAGUGGAAGG